AACUGAACCCACCACCACCAAACUGGCAGUUACAUUCAAGCAUAAGAAAGACAGCCCAACCUGUCGGCAGCCCCAGCUGAUCCAGAGUGUGUGUGUUUUAGAGAGAGAAAGCUAGAGUGAGAGAGACUGUGCUGCCGCUGCUUGUUCUGGAGGAACUGAGUCAAGGUUAGUGUGAGGAAAAGAGAUUCACAAGUGUGGACUAUAGAGAGAGUGCGGGAAGUUUCAGUGUUCGGAUUCAAUGUUGGUCCAAGACCGUUCAACCCCAAAAUCCCCAAAGACCCACAACAGAACACUCCCAACUCUACAUCCAAAUCGCUUCUCUGAGGCCAAAAGCCUCGAUUUCUCAACAUGGGUCGCUGAAAACCUCUACAAAAUCGUCGCUAUUCUCCUCCUAGUCUCCACAGUCGCAGCUCUUUUCUUCCUGCGAAACGUCGGCGAUACUGCAGCUCUCCUCUGCUUCGAAUCGCAGUCCAAACAGCUUGAAAGGAUUGAAUUUCCCCAAAUUAAGUGGAAUUCAAUCGAACCCAUUAUCGAUAAAUCCUCCCCUUUUGCCAAUUUUAGAUCGGAGCGAUGGAUUGUGGUCUCUGUAUCGAAUUAUCCCACCGAUUCUCUUCGCAAUCUCGCGAAGAUCAGAGGUUGGCAAGUCCUUGCAAUUGGAAGUUCUAAGACGCCCCAGGAUUGGGACCUCAAAGGUACUAUAUUUCUGUCAUUGGAACAACAAGCUAAAUUAGGGUUCAGAGUUGUUGAUUACUUGCCUUAUGAUUCAUAUGUUAGAAAAACUGUUGGGUAUUUAUUUGCAAUCCAACAUGGCGCGAAGAAGAUCUUCGAUGCCGAUGAUCGUGGUGAUGUCAUUGACAAUGAUAUAGGAAAACACUUUGAUGUAGAAUUGAUUGGUGAAGAUGCUAGGCAAGAGGUUAUAUUGCAAUAUAGUCAUGAGAAUCCAAAUCGGACUGUUGUGAAUCCAUAUAUACAUUUUGGGCAAAGGUCAGUUUGGCCUAGGGGAUUUCCAUUGGAAAAUGUGGGUCAAAUCGAGCACGAAGAAUUUUACACAGAAGUAUUUGGUGGAAAGCAAUUCAUCCAACAGGGUAUUUCAAAUGGCCUUCCAGAUGUUGAUUCAGUUUUUUAUUUUACGCGGAAAUCAGGGUUGGAAGCGUUUGAUAUUAGGUUUGAUGAUCAUGCCGCAAAAGUGGCAUUCCCACAAGGUACAAUGGUGCCUGUUAAUUCUUUCAAUACGAUUUAUCAUUCAUCAGCCUUUUGGGGUUUGAUGCUUCCUGUUUCGAUUAGUACAAUGGCUUCAGAUGUGUUGAGGGGUUAUUGGGGACAGAGGCUUUUGUGGGAAAUUGGUGGCUAUGUUGUAGUCUAUCCCCCAACUGUUCAUCGUUAUGAUAGAAUUGAAGCAUACCCAUUUUCAGAAGAGAAAGAUCUUCACGUGAAUGUGGGCCGUUUGAUCAAGUUCUUGAUUUCAUGGAGAUCGGGUAAGCAUAGAUUGUUUGAAAAGAUUUUGGAAUUGAGUUAUGCCAUGGCUGAGGAAGGGUUUUGGACUGAGAAAGAUGUGAAAUUUACUGCUGCUUGGCUUCAAGACUUGCUUGCUGUUGGAUAUCAACAGCCGAGGUUAAUGUCACUUGAACUGGAUCGACCACGGGCAAAUAUUGGUCACGGUGAUAGGAAGGAGUUUAUCCCUCGAAAAUUGCCAUCUGUUCAUCUUGGGGUUGAGGAAAUUGGUACUGUGAAUUAUGAGAUUGGAAAUUUGAUUCGGUGGAGGAAGAAUUUCGGGAAUAUUGUGCUUGUAAUGUUCUGUAGUGGACCUGUUGAACGUACCGCUCUGGAAUGGAGGUUGCUUUAUGGCAGGAUAUUUAGGACUGUGGUCAUUUUUUCAGAGCAGAAGAAUGUGGAUCUUGCUGUUGAAGAAGGUCAGUUGGACCAAAUAUACAAGCAUCUACCAAAAAUAUUUAGCAGAUUUUCCAGCGCAGAUGGAUUUUUGUUCCUCCUGGACAAUACUAUUCUUAAUUACUGGAAUGUGCUGCAAGCAGACAAGAACAAGCUCUGGAUUACUGACAAGGUGUCUGAUUCUUGGACUUCUGUUCCUAUCGAUGACAACUCCGAGUGGUUCACAAAACAAGCAGACAUGGUAAAAAAAGUAGUUAGCUCGAUGCCAGUUCACUUCCAAGUCAGUUACAAGGAAUCUAUGGCCAGUGACCAUAGCCUUAUGAUAUGCAGUUCUGAGGUAUUCUACAUUCCUAGGCGUUCUGUAGCAGAUUUUAUCGAUCUUGUAAAUCUAGUGGGCGAUCUAGAUAUCCAUUACAAGGUUGCAAUACCCAUGCUCUUUGCAGCAAUGGACUCACCUCAGAAUUUUGACCCGGUGUUUAAUACAAUGAUUUAUAAGAAAGAACAACCUUCUACUAAUUCUUCAACCUUCUACUCCGCCGAAGUACCUGCAAUUCACCCAUGGAAUGUUUCGAGCGAGCAAGACUUCAUAAAGCUGAUUAGAAUAAUGGCAGCAGGUGACCCUCUCCUCAUGGAGUUAGUUUGAAGGCAAAAACAAUUUGAAGCACUCGAAAGGACUCGCAAGAGAGGAAAAGCGUGUACCACUUUGUUCAAUGUUAAACACAUUUCUGCAAUUUUUUUUUUU